UUUUGCUUAAUUUGCACAUGCGCAUUAGAUCUAUAUAUAGAACACACUAUAAAAGUGCAAGCGAAAGAGUGAAUGUUACAAGACAACAUUAAGCAACCAUGGAUUUGAGGAUGUCACUCUCUUUACUUGUGCUUGCUGGCUCCAUUGGAGUGAUUACUGCUGUUCCCAUAGAUUGCUCUGUAAUUCGAUGUGGUCUACCCCCUAACUGCAACCCAGAGGACGUAUUCACUCCACCAGGCCAGUGCUGUGCUAUCUGCCGGCCAGACUGCUCCACUGUUCGGUGUGCAAAACCUCAAUGCAAAGAAGGAGAACUUAUUGAAACACCUCCUGGUGAAUGUUGCCCUGUGUGCACUCGUCCAGACUGUGCAGCUGUUCUCUGUCUGGCCUUGACUGAUCAGAAUUGUGAUGACGGUGAAGUAUUGGUCACUCCACCUGGUGAGUGCUGUGCCAGAUGCCAGCGAGACUGCUCUGCUGUGUCUUGCCUGAGGCCAGUGUGUGAGAAAGGAGAUAUGCUGAAAGUUCCUGAGGGCGAAUGCUGUCUGGUCUGUGUCAAAGAAGAAGUACAAUGUGAAAUUGAAGGUCAAGUUUUCAGUAACUGUGCAUCUCCGUGCCCUACAACUUGUGACUCUGAUCCUAACCAAAUCUGCAUCACCCUGUGCGUACAAGGAUGCACCUGCCCUCCUGGACAAGUCAUUGACACUGUCAACAAUAUAUGUGUGACAACUGAUAUGUGCCCACCAAUAGGUGUAGACUGCUCCGCGGUGUCCUGCCUGAGGCCAGUGUGUGAGAAAGGAGAAAUCUUGGAGGUCCCAGAGGGAGAAUGCUGUCCAAUAUGUGUACUUGGUGUAGACUGUUCUGCGGUGUCCUGCCUGAGGCCAGUGUGUGAGAAAGGAGAAAUCCUGGAGGUCCCAGAGGGAGAAUGCUGUCCAAUAUGUGUACUACUUGGUGUAGACUGUUCUGCGGUGUCCUGCCUGAGGCCAGUGUGUGAGAAAGGAGAAAUCCUGGAGGUCCCAGAGGGAGAAUGCUGUCCAAUAUGUGUACUUGGUGUAGACUGCUCUGCUGUGUUAUGCCUGAGGCCAGUAUGUGAGGAAGGAGAGACGAUAGAAGUUCCCGAGGGUGAAUGCUGUCCAAUCUGUGCCAAAAAAGCAUGUAAACUUCGCUGUCCACCUGGCCAUCGAUGUGAAGUCGACAACGGAGAAACAUUCUGCAAACCGGACUGUGAACUGGAUAACGGUGGUUGUUCAUCUGAUCAGAUCUGUAGCCUCGUGCCUGUGGUGUGUGUGCAAGCACCCUGCCCUACCAAAACAGUGCAGUGUUCUUGCCCACCAGAGUGCUCUAGAGAUUACUGCACUGCCAAUCGAAAAGGCCUAUGCUCAAACCCUGCGUAUAAUGACACUCUCCCUCAGCCUGGUUGCACUGGAUCUUGUCGCCUAACCUACUGCAGUGCAUGCAUUUUUGGAGUAGAGAACCCAACGAUUCCCAGCUGCACAGAAUGUCCUGAUUACUCCUCCCCUAACAAGUGCUAUGAGAAGUGGUCACAAUGUAUUGGUCGUCGUUUCCAGGACCAGGUUACCAGUGAUGCAGUAUUUUGUGCUUCUCCUCCCUGUUUCAGAAGAGGGUAGCCAUGCAUAAACAAUGGACAUGCACUUAACAUAGAGCUAUAGAUUUAGAUCUAUAUAUAUGCUAGAAAAUUAUUAUUUUUUGAAAUGGUUUGAUAGAGAUAAGCUGUUGACAUGAUGUA